UUUUUUUUUUUAAAAAAAAAAAUCAGUUACUGAGAGCAUCUCAGUCUGCCCAUCAACUCGUAAAACGUUACUAAAAUUCGAGCAACCGCUUAAAUACGAACAAGGAAUCAUUCAAGACACCGCAACAACAGAUAUAUAAAACGAUAUAUCGUCCAACGAAGCUAGCGGUUUUCCAGAUUUACAACUAGAGAUUCAAUACCGUCAUUACAAUAUGCCUGAGUCCGGAUCUGACGUCCAUUCUAACGACACUGGCUCCAACAGCCCUGACACUGGGUCUGAGACCACCACUCCCCCCCGUGGAAGAAGCCGCAGUGGUUACAACUAAGUUAUCUUCUUGUAUUAAAUCUUGGAUUAGGUAUAACAGGAUGGAGUUGGAGGCUGUAUGAGUUCUAUUUCUUCGAUUUUGGCAGGAAAAGUUAUCAUAUGGGAAUUUUGACUUGGAUGGGUUCUAAGAGGCAAUAUUUCUAGACAGCAAGUAUGUCUAGGAUAUUGCCACUCUGUACAACUGGAUAUGUUUUGGGGGUUUUUGGGUUUCUUUUCCCUUCUUCCAGCUUUGAGCUGUCCCCUUUACUCAUAAACAAUCUCUUUCUUGCCCUGGGCGGUAUUCUAUGCGUGGACUUUCAACUUUUUCUAUAGACGAGGGCUCAGGCUUACCCCAGAAAUACAUCUGCGCAAGCAGCGAAUCAUUGAAGCUUCAUGUAGUUUAGAUUAAAUCGCUUUUAUCCCAGCUUCUAUCUUUCUCAAAACCAAAGGGGGAAUUCAAGUAAUGCCGGGUACCUACCUACUGACCAUAUGUAUCCC